AUGCAGGAAAAGAUACUGCCCAUUAUAGUAGUUAAUGGCAGAGGUCCAAAUUUAUUGGGAAGAUGGUGGUUGAAGCAUGUUAAACUAGACAGGGCCGAAAUCAAAAGCCACAUGCAGCACAUUACAAACCAACCACAAUCCCUGACCCUACAGCAAGUGCUCACAAAGCAUGAGGAAGUGUUUAAAAAGGAACUGGGGACCUUAAAAGGGUUUAAAGCCACUAUUCAAGUGCCUGCUGGUGCUACUCCCCGCUUCUAUAGACCAAGGUCUGUUCCCUAUGCUAUGAAGCCUAAAGUUGAUGCUGAGAUUGAAAGGUUGAUCAAAGAGGAUAUCAUCACUCCAGUUAAAUAUUCAGACUGGGCUGCUCCUGUUGUUCCCUUACUCAAGCCAGACGGAGACUGUAGACUUUGUGGAGAUUAUAAAUUAACUGUUAAUAGAGUUUCCACCCUAGAACAGUACCCCAUACCCAAAGUGGAGGAUUUGCUGUCUGUGUUAGCCGGAGGACAGCAGUUCACUAAACUUGACAUGAGUCAUGCAUAUCAACAAAUCCAAAUGGAUGACCAGUCUAAGAAGUAUCUAGCUGUGAACACUCACCGUGGCAUGUUUACAUAUAACAGACUACCAUUUGGUGUGUCCUCUGCUCCCGCGAUCUUCCAAAGAACCAUGGAGGGGGUCCUUCAGGGAAUACCCCAAGUUGCUGUUUAUUUGGAUGAUAUUUUAGUUACCGGGGCAACUAGAGAGAUGCACCUCAGGAACCUGGAUGAGGUGUUAACCAGGUUGGAAGAUGCUGGUCUCAGGCUAAAAAGAACCAAAUGCACCUUGCUGGCUGAGGAAGUUCAGUACCUUGGAUACAAAGUGGAUGCUAAAGGAGUUCACACUGUGGAAAACAAGGUCGCCUAAAUACUUUUUUGGCGUUUUUGAGCACUUUUUAUUUUUUGUUUACGCUGGUCUCCAUGGCGACGGGGAGUCGCAUUGUUUUCACCCGC